AUGCCGAAGAGGGGCAAGCAGGGGGAGGAUCCCCCGAGGCCUGCCCCCGCCGACGACGACCUGCCUCUCCAAGCCGACCUCGACCUUGAUAGCGAAGACGAAGAUGAGCUUGCAGAUGAUGAGAUCGGCAGCGGCUCGGAUAGCGGCAGCGAGUCGGAUGACGAGGUGCGGGAGGCCCUCGCCGGAUACCUGCAAGCGGCGGCGGCCGGACGCCCCGCCGGUGCCAGGGGCGACGGCCAGCGGGCCACCACGUCUGAUGGCGACACGGCUGAGGAGGACGACGAUGAGGAGGAGGGCGAGGGGGACGAGAAGGGUACAGCGGCAAAGGGCGGCAGAAAAAGCAGCGGCGGCCGGCGAGACACACGGAGAGAAGGCAAUGGCGCCGGGCAGCAGCAGGAGCAAGCGCAGGAACAGGGGCAGCAGCAGCAGCAGCAGCAGCAGCAAGCGGAGGGCGACCCCGGGUCUGACUCAUCCGAGGAUGAGCGCCCCAACCGCAACACGGUCGGCAAGGUGCCGCUGGAAUGGUACAAGGCCGAAGAUCACAUAGGGAGUGGGGCACGCGUGCGACCGGCGCGACGCCAGUGGUGGGCUGUGCUGAGCUGGCGGUCACACGGCGAAAUCCGCAGCCGCGCCCCUGUGUUUGUGGAGUUGCUGCGCGUUGGCGGCACCGCAGGCUACGACUUGGAGGGGCAGAAGAUCGCGCGGCGGGGGCGGAAGGACAUGCUGGACGCGCUGCUGGCGCGCAACGACGGCGGCGCUGCGCUGCGCACGAUCUACGACGAGUACAACGACGAGGAGAUCGUGCUGUCCAAGGUUGGCGGGGCCUGA